AAGCUUGCAGUGCCUGUCGGCAGUCAAAAGUUAGAUGUGACGGAGACAGGCCGUGUGGGAGGUGAGAAUGGCACGAGGCAUGGUAUUCGUCGGAAACUAACAUAUUCCAAAAGAUGUCAAAAGCUUGACAGACAAUGCGUGAUCUUCGAUAUUCCUAAAGACCCUGUGUCGGAGAGACUCGAGGGGGUUGAAUCUGAGGUCCAGUACCUCAGGAAGCAACUAGAUGACAUGCGGGAGCUCCUACAGAAGACCCAACCACCUGGAUAUACUAACAGAAAUGGUGACCCUUAUUCAAGUUCCGUGCUAGAUGUUUCUCCGAAUCAGAUCUCGGUACACUCACUUUAUGAGCCUCCUCGCGUAGAGCACAGACCUCAUAAGAAGAGGCGCUCUUGCUUUGAGAUUCGCGACGAGGCCGUUGCGGACUUUAUUGAUAAGGGGCUGAUCACGCUUGAGUGUGCUAUUUCUUGCUUCAACACGCUGGAUCAUUCUAACAUCCAUCUCAUGAAACAGGAUAGAUACAUACCGAUCUUCGAUCCAGAUCAUGACACCUUCGACUCCGUACGGGCUCGCAGCAGCAUUCUACUGAAUGCUAUCUGCACUAUAGGCUGUAUGGUUGAAACAAGAUCUGGAGGACCAAUGUCUGACAUUUUGCAUGCUGAGCUGAAAAAAUGGAUCAACGUCAUAAUUCAAAACAAAGGGCUCAAUUGCUUAGAGUCGGUUCAAGCAAUGCUAAUUGUUGCUUGCUACUCCGCGGAGCGUUUACUAAUCCUGUCGUUCGCUACACGAAUGGCUCUCGAUCUUGGCCUUCAUGAAGCAUUUGAGGAGCUCACCGAGCGCCUUGCGACAAAGAAUGACGGAGAUGUAUAUGGUGUUCCAGAUCCUGAUUUUGAAAGAGAGCGCGUGCUCAUGCGCAAGUCAAGGACUUGGUUUGGGCUUCUGGUGCUAGAACAUAUGUUGAUUCCGCGUCGAUGGAGAUAUGGCCUUAUUCCUUUCCGCUCAAAUACGUCAUCUGAUGGGGACUUGACCACAGCAACAAUUAACGAUACCCUGGGAUUGGGGACAACACUUGACCGACAAGGCGUAUCGGACUUUGUCCAUGAAAUGAAGAUCGAUCUUGAUUUGUGGUUUGAUGACUGGUUGCGAAUUAUUGAGGGCUGUACCCCCGCUGAGCAAGAGAAGCCAUAUCUACUCGUUGCUCUCCGGAUCCAGAAAUGCUGGGCUGAGAUGAUGCUAAAUUGCAAAGCUCUUCGGGCUAUGGGCGUGGAAAAUGUGGCCGCCAUGACAAACACUGAGCGAAACAUUCUCCUCACUGCCAAAGCCACUGCCCGCAGACAUCUCCGGCUUAUCAUUGCCGAGCCAGACUUCUACCUGGCCAAGCUCAAAUACGCAAUGGACUUUGUCUGGGCCAAAUGCGCUUUCGCAUUCUUGCUUCUGCUCAAACUCUCGCGUCUUCUCCCCGAGCGAGAUGAGGAGCACCAUGAGCUUCUAGAACACGGCAAUCGACUAGUGCACGAGCUCAGCAAAGCGGGCUCCAAUAGCAACCACUCCGGCGCGGGGAAUAUCUAUCUCCAAAUUCUUAAAGUCAGCAUUGAGAAAUACGGACGCGCCUUGCGAGAGACCCAGCAACCAGGCACGGGUGGGUCUAACGUUACGUCGCCGUUCUGGGAGCUGUUCGACGCACAGGCGGAUCUACAGUGGUUUGUGCCAGAGCAGUUCGUUUCAGAGUGGGACUUCCCCGGAUUAAAUCUCUUCUAUUUCCCCACUGCGAUGCAGGACUUCUUUGGUGAUUUUUCAUUGGCUAUGUGA